CAGAACAGACCUGCGCGAGCGAUACACGGUGUUAAGCGCGAGCGGAUCGCAAUUUAUUCACACACAGCAAAAUGAAGCUGAAGCUGUCGGAGCUGCUGUGUAUCGCGCUGCUCGUGAGCUCCGGUUCCGGUUCUCCGUACGAGCGAAAAGCUCCUGCAGGAAAAGAGAAGCGCGUGCAAUAUGCCGCUUGGGAUGACGUCAACGUGCUCGCGCACGGCCUGCUGCAACUCGGACAGAGUCUGAAAGAGCACGUAGACAAAACGAAGGGACAGAUGAGGGACAUUUCUGUCAAACUGCAGGUGUUUAAUGGCAGCGUGAGUGAGCUCGCGGCACUGACACGGCGCCUGCACGAGGAAAGCGAGGCUCUCAAAGCGCGAGCACAGAGUCUGGAGGAGCGCGAGAACCGGAUCCUCAACAUGUCCUCCGAAAUGCAGGAGAAAACCGGGGAGCUGCUGAAGGACAGACAGCGCGCGCACGACAGACUCGUUAACCUGGAGGGGAAAGUAGACAGGCACGCGCUCACGAGCAGCAAUCAUAGCGACGCGCACGCCAUUCAGUUGCUGCUGGAGGGACAGAAUCAGAGAAUUGAUGAACUUGUGGAAAGAAUUAAACAGCAGCAGGAAAAACUGGACAAACAGAACAUUCGUAUUCGAGCAUUGCAGAAUCAAAUCCAGAUGAGAAAGGAGAGACUGAACCCGGACGCUGAUGAAGUUCGAACUGAACAACAGGACACGUCAACCAUGAUAGCAUCAAACUGUCAUGAUCUUUUCCUGCGUGGAGAGACAGCAAGUGGAGUUUACACGCUGCAGCCUCGUGACUCUCCGCCAUUCCGCGUCUACUGCGAAAUGACUUCUGAUGGUGGCUGGACCGUUAUCCAGAAACGUCAUGAGGGAUCUGUAGAUUUUGAUCGGCUGUGGAAUGAAUAUCAAAAUGGAUUUGGAAACCUCGAUGGUGAAUAUUGGCUCGGACUCAAGAAAAUGUACCGUGUGACUAAAGAUGAAGAUUUUAUCCUGAGGAUCCAAAUGUCUGACUGGAGAGAUGAGCAUCAAAGUGUGCAGUACCGUUUCCGUCUGAACGGGGAGGACAGGAACUAUUCUCUCCAAAUUCUGGAAAGUCCUGGUGGGAAUCUGGAAAGUUCUUUAAGCACUGAUUCAUCCAGUCUGUCCUUUUCAACUCGCGACAGAGACAAUGAUCAGAAACAUGACUUCAACUGCGCCAAACAUCUGUCUGGUGGCUGGUGGUUCAGUAACUGUGGCCGCUCCAACCUCAAUGGCAGGUAUUUCAUCACACCUCCCAAACAGAGGCAUCAGAGGAAACAGGGAAUGUUCUGGAAGACCUGGCAUGGUCGAUAUUAUUCUCUGAAAACCACAGUGAUGAUGAUUUCACCUGUUCGCUAAACAUGUGAUGCUGCAGACUGUAACAGCAAUGUCAUGUCUGUAAGAUCCUCUUUCCUAAAGAACUGAUUGGUGCUCAGAAGGUCAGAUAAACAGAAGGUCUCUUUUGUUAAAUUUGUAUUAAUAAAUUGAUUUAUGAAUCUGAGAGGAACUACAAGAUAGAAAGCCAAAAAUAAUCAGAUUCUAAUGUUGAGCCAACACCCAGUUCUGUGUGUCUGAAUGAUUGAUUUUUUUAGGAAUUUUCAAGUGCAGGACAUCUCAGAAAGAUUCAUUUCAGAGACAAAGGUUCAUUUUCAGAAGCUUCCUAAUGAGAUUGUUUACAAAAAUAAUUGGUUCAUGGACCAAGCAGCAGAUCAUCCACUUUAAGAAAUGGCAUUAAUUAAAGGCAUUUUCCAGAGAAAAAUUCAACACUCAUCAUAACGUUAUAAAUAUGUAAAAUACAGUUCUUAACAGGAGUGUUAUUCAGCGAGUUUGAACCUGUGCACAUUCCUGUGGAUUGACUUUCAGUCACAUUGACUGGUGUUAAUAUUUUACUGCUGUUUUCACUUUAAACACUGACGUGUGUUUGCGUAUGUUUGUCAGUGUUGUGUGUAAUAUAUUAAUGUUAUUUGAUUAGAUAGUUGUCCUAUUUUCAUGAUAGUUGUUUUAACAUUCUUUGUGCAUUUGUAUUUUCUUUCAUAAUUUAUGUUUGCACGAUAAGGCGUAGUGUCAUUUUUUACAAAAAGAGUUGGUCUCAAACAGACCAAUAAAUCUUAUUUUUGAAAACCCUU